AUGAGGUGCUUACUCUUGGUCCUGAUCCUCGUCUUGCUCUCCCAUGUCCUGCCAGUUACGAGUGGACCAAAUGCAUACAUCAAACAUGUCUUUUCUUCAUGCUGGCGAAUGAAAGGUACCU